AUGAACCCGCCCCAUCCUCUCUCUUUCCAUCACCCCGCCCCAUUCUCUCGCUUUCCAUCACCCCGCCCCAUUCUCCCGCUUUCCAUCACCCCACCCCAUUCUCCCGCUUUCCAUCACCCCGCCCCAUUCUCUCGCUUUCCAUUAUUCUCCCGCUUUCCAUCACCCCGCCCCAUUCUCCCUCCUUCCACCACCCCGCCCCAUUCUUCCUCCUUCCAUCACCCCGCCCCAUUCUCCCGCUUUCCGUCAUCCUACCCCAUUCUCCCACUUUCCAUCACCCCGCCCCAUUCUCGCCUUUUCCAUCACCCCGCCCCAUUCUCCCGCUUUCCAUCACCCCGCCCCCUUCUCCCGCUUUCCAUCAUCGCGGCCCAUUCUCCCGCUUUCCAUAACCCCACCCUAUUCUCCCGCUUUCCAUCACCCCGCCCCAUUCUCCCGCUUUCCAUCACCCCGCCCCAUUCUCCCGCUUUCCAUUAUUCUCCCGCUUUCCAUCACCCCGCCCCAUUCUCCCUCCUUCCAUCACCCCGCCCCAUUCUCCCUCCUUCCAUCACCCCGCCCCAUUCUCCCGCUUUCCAUCAUCCCGCCCCAUUCUCCCGCUUUCCAUCACCCCGCCCCAUUCUCCCGUUUUCCAUCACCCCGCCCCAUUCUCCCGCUUUCCAUCACCCCGCCCCAUUCUCCCGCUUUCCAUCACCCCGCCCUAUUCUCCUUCUUUCAAUGUCACUGCCCCAUUCUCCCGCUUUCCAUCACCCUGCCCCAUUCUCCCGCUUUCCAUCACCUCGCCUCAUUCUCCCGCUUUCCAUCACCCUGCACCAUUCUCCCGCUUUUCAUCACCUCGCCCCAUUCUCCCUCCUUCCAUCAUCCCACCCGAUUCUCCCUCUUUCCAUCACCCUACCCCAUUCUCCCGCUUUCCAUCACCCCACCGCAUUCUCCCUCCUUCCAUUACCCCGCCCCAUUCUCCCACUUUCCAUCACCCUGCCCCAUUCCUCCGCUUUCCAUCACCGACCCCAUUCUCCCGCUUUCCAUCACCCCGCCCCAUCCUCUGCUUUCCAUCACCCCGCCCCACACUCCCUCUUUCCAUCACCCCGCCCCAUUCUCCCUCCUUCCAUCACCACGCCCCAUUCUCCCUCCUUCCAUCACCCCGCCCCAUUCUCCCGCUUUCCAUCACCCCGCCCCAUUCUCCCGCUUUCCAUCACCCCGCCCUAUUCUCACUCCUUCCAUCACCCCGCCUCAUUUUCCCGCUUUCCAUCACCCCGCCCCAUUCUCCCUCUAUCCAUCACCCCGCCCAAUUCUCCCGCUUUUCGUCACCCCGCCCCAUUCUCCGCUUUCCAUCACCCCGUCCCAUUCUCCCACCUUCCAUCACCCCGCUCCAUUCUCCUGCUUUCCAUCACCCCGCCCCAUUCUCCCGCUUUCCAUCACCCCGCCCCACUCUCCUACUUUCCAUCACCCCGCCCCAUUCUGCCGCUUUCCAUCACCCCGCCCCAUUCUCCCGCUUUUCAAUCACCCCUCCCCAUUCUUCCGCUUUCCAUCACCCGGUACCAUUCUCCCGCUUUCCAUCACCCCGCCCCAUACUCCCUCUUUCCAUCACCCCGCCCCAUUCUCCCGCUUUCCAUCACCCCGCCCAAUUCUCCCGCUUUCCAUCACCCCGCCCCAUUCUCCCGCUUUCCAUCACCCCACUCCAUUCUCCUGCUUUCCAUCACCCCGCCCCAUUCUCCCACUUUCCAUCACCCCGCCCCAUUCUACUGCUUUCCAUCACCCUGCCCCAUUCUGCCGCUUUCCAUCACCCCGCCCCAUUCUCCCACUUUUCAAUCACCCCUCCCCAUUCUCCCGCUUUCCAUCACCCUGUACCAUUCUCCCGCUUUCCAUCUCCCCGCCCCAUACUCCCGCUUUCCAUCACCCUGCCCCAUUCUCCCUCCUUCCAUCACCCCGCCCCAUUCUUCCUCCUUCCAUCACCCCGCCCCAUUCUCCCGCUUUCCAUCACCCCGCCCCAUUCUCCCUCCUUCCAUCACCCCGCCCCGAGGGAGAAUGGGGCCGGAUGAUGGAAGGAGGAAGAAUGGGCCUGGGUGA